UCUGCUUCCCCAGCUUUGCAUUCUGUGGGGCAGGCCGGGUUGGUUUCCUGUCCUUUUAAGUCUAGGGAAGGGCUGGGCCUCUACUUCAAAGACUUCCUCCUCUGAAGAGGGAGUUAAUUAUUACCUGAAGCUUGGCUGAACCCACCUUUCCUGGCUGUGGUUUGUUUGACUUCCCUUAUCUUUACCGUUCCUGGGCCUGGGCCCCCGAGGCGGGCUUCAGCUGCGCCCAGAGCGCAGGGAACAAUGUCGGUCACCAGCCAUGAGAGUAGAAAGUCUCGAUCCAGCUCUGGCUCCAUGAACAUACAGAUCUUCCACAAGCCAGGCCACGCAGACAGCCUCCUGACCCAUCUGAACUUGCUGCGCCAAAAGUGCCUCUUCACUGAUGUGGUACUCAAGGCUGGGAGUGGGGUUUUCCACUGCCACCGAGCCGUGCUGGCUUCUUGCAGCUACUACUUUGAGGCCAUGUUUGGAGGGGGCCUGAAGGAGAGCAGAGAGGGCCACGUGGACUUCGGGGACAGGCUGCAUCCAGAAGUCCUGGAGUUGUUGCUUGACUAUGCCUACUCAGCCAGGGUGCUUAUCAAUGAAGAGAACGCCGAGUCUCUGCUGGAGGCCGGGGACAUGCUGCAGUUCCACGACAUCCGGGAUGCAGCUGCAGCCUUCUUGGAGAAGAAUCUGCAUCCGACCAACUGUCUCAGUAUGCUGGCCCUGUCUGAUACCUUUAACUGUGACCGGCUGUUUGAGCUGUCCUGGAGGAUGGCUUUGGCCAACUUCGUUUCUUUGUACAAGUCUGAAGACUUCCUGAAACUCCCCAAAGGGAGACUGCUGGAGCUUGUGCAGAGUGAAGACUUGGAAGUGGAGGAGGAAAGCCUGGUCUAUGAAGCAGUCAUUGGGUGGAUCAAGUAUGAACUGUCUGCCCGGCAUGACGACUUGCCCGAGCUUUUGCGUUCUGUGCGCCUGGCACUUCUGCCUGAGGCUUACCUCAAAAACCAGGUGGCUCUGGAAGAGGUCGUAAUGAACCACAAGCUAGGAGGGGAGAUUGUGGCAGAUGCCGUGCGCUGCAAAAUGAGGCUCCUGCAGAAUGACGGGCUAGUGACGGGCUUCUGCGCCCGGCCCAGGAAGGUCAGCCAGGCUCUCCUGCUGCUUGGGGGUCAGACAUUCAUGUGUGACAAGAUUUAUACACUCGACCAGAGAACUAGCGACAUCAUCCCCAGGACAGAUAUUCCUAGUCCCCGGAAAGAAUGCAGCGCGUGUGCCAUUGGCUGUAAAGUCUAUGUCACUGGUGGCCGGGGUUCUGAAAACAGCGCCUCCAAGGAUGUGUGGGUCUACGACACACUUCACGAUGAAUGGGCCAAAGCUGCCCCGAUGCUAGUGGCCAGGUUUGGCCACGGUUCGGCUGAGUUGGCUCACUCUCUGUAUGUAGUUGGGGGCCACACAGCUGUGAAUGGCUCCUUUCCGGCCUCCCCCUCUGUCUCGCUUAAACAGGUUGAACAUUACGACCCGCAGACUAACAAAUGGACUUUGGUGGCUCCACUCCGGGAAGGGGUAAGCAAUGCUGCUGUGGUUGGGGCAAAGAAGAAGCUUUUUGUUUUUGGUGGCACCAGUGUUAACCAGAUUCAUCUACCCAAAGUGCAGUGCUUCGAUCCCUGUCAGAACCGCUGGACCGCGCCCACCACCUGUCCCCAAGCUUGGAGAUACACUGCAGCUGCAGUGCUGGACAGCCAGGUGAUUGUGAUUGGGGGUGACACAGAGUUCUCAGCCAGCUCUGCCUACCGCUUCCACAGUGACACCUUCCAGUGGUCUAAGUUUGGGGAUGUGACAGCCAGAAGGAUCAGCUGCCGAGCGGUCACCUGUGGAAAUAGACUCUUUGUGGUAGGGGGCUACUGUGGAACUCAGCGCUGCAAAACCCUCGAUUGCUAUGACCCUUCCUCAGACAGCUGGAGCAGCGUCACAACCGUGCCUUAUUCCCUCAUCCCCACGGCAUUUGUCAGCACCUGGAAGUAUCUGUCUGUUUGAAGAUCUCCCUUGUCGGGGAGGGAAAUGAGAAAGGAGGCCUGGGCGUCGCCUCUCGUGUUCUUGCUACAGAGGAUCCUCUUCAGCAGCCAAAUGCUGUCUACUUUGGAAUGUCCCGUCAGCACCAGUUCUGCCUGGCAGUCGGGAGGGUGGUAUCUGUGAUGUAUGUGGCUCUGGGAUCACAGAAUGGACGUGGGCCUGCCACCUAACAAGUGAAACUAUUGACUUAUGUUGGUUAUGUAGAUUUGAGACGGAUGCAAUGAGCCCAGUUAGCGGGUGAAUGAAGAAGGGGCUAGAGACCACAGUUCAGGCCCCGUUUCAGGGAGCGCAGCCCCUGGGAGAUGGUCGGCAUUGUCAUUGAUUGCUCACUCCAAGUUAAGGAUGAAGUGUGAUCAUAGGGAAGGUGGGGAGGCUGACUUUUUAACCUCCCUUCCCAAAUGGAGGUGCUGCUCCCAUUGCCAUCACUGAUGACAGCCUUUCCGCGCUCUGGGGCAAAUCUCGUCCUCUUUGAAAUCUGCUUCGUUAGUUGUGACACAUCUUUGUCCGUGUCAGUGGAUUUGGGGAAGUGAAGAAUUUUAGCUAGUAUCAAGCCUCCUGGUGAACCUGGUGAAUGACCACGUCAAAGAAUCCUGUUUUAGGUCCAAAAUGAGGUGGGACUGUGAAAUGACAGCUAACUUCAAGUGACUGGAAAAUUAGCUGGAGGCAGUUCCCAAAGAGAUCUGCAGGAGAGGCAUCUUUAGAAUGUGUGUGUAGCUUUCCAAGAUCAGGCAUUUGAAGAAGACAUCCCUUUUUUGGUAGUAUAAGGCUUAAUAACUGCAGCCAUCCCGAAAGAAAAAAAAAGUCUUCCCUGACAUUUUUCUGUCUUGUUUCAUUCCUUACUUUAAUAUUUUCUUGACUUUUAUGGAGUUUUUAUUCUGGUCUGUAUUAACUUAUAAUUAUUAACUGCAUCCUUUAUUUAAAAAACUAUUAACCGAAUCAUUUAUUUAAAGUUUACAAAUAUUUCUGUUUUUAGUCUGUGGGUAAACUUUGUGUUUUUUUAAAAAUCAAUUCCAGAGUUGCCUUAAUAAAACCAAGUCCUGAGAGAAGA